AUUCCAUCAUGGCAGAGUCAGAUAUGAGUGCACAGGAGUGGAAGCACAAGGGUUGCGAAGAGUCUAGAAAAGGCAAUUUGUCAGAAGCAUUGAGUUACUACUCAAACGCACUGAAACUAACAGAGGACAAAGCUGAAAAAGCAUGUCUCUACAGAAAUAGAGCUGAUAUUUAUUUACAGCUGAGCAAUUACGAGAAAGUUAUUAAUGACUGCAAUAGUGCGUUAAAGAUAUGUUGUAGCGAAGCAUUGUUACAAAGAUGUAAAGCACUAGAAGCGUUAGAAAGAUUCGAGGAGGCAUAUCAGGAUGCAGAGAUUCUUAUUGCAUUAAAUCCUAAUAACGAAGAUUUUCAACGCGUAGUGGACCACUUACGUAAAAUUGUACAAGAACGUCGUAAGAGAAAGUUACAUAUUAAUGCCCAGGUAUCAGAAGUGCUGGAUCUAGCAUUUGACGAGAACACAAAUGAGAAGGAACGUGAAAUCGCUAUGAGUAAACUGCUUUUGCUCGCGGGUGACGACGCUGGUGCCGAGGAGAUCUUCAAAAAGGAAGGUAUAUCCAAAAUGGUUCACCUUGUGAAAGUGGAAAAGAACGAGGAAGUGAUCUGCAGAGCGAUUCGUAUUGUAACCGAGUUAUGCAAAAACAAUAUUAGUCGAACUGAGUCCGUUAUGAAAUACGUCGGUUUGCCUUGGUUCCUGGAAAUAAUGAGCAGCACAUCUAUAGAGAGAGUUAACGCGUCUCAAUAUUGUUUACAGAAUAUAUUGAACACUUACAGCGGCAUGAAUAAUAAUAAACCUGAUUCAAAUCGUAACGAGGAUUUAUAUGAGGCGCAUAAGAAGGAAAUAGACACGAUUAUGUUCUGCUUGUCGUACAGUAUAACGAGUAGAACGAUAACAGGCCUUGCUAGAGACGCAAUAAUAAAACUUAUUACGCAUAACAUUCAUUAUACUGCGUUAGACUGGGCCAAACGAUUUGUCGAACUUCGCGGUGUGCAAAGAUUGAUGGAGGUAGCCGGUGAAAUGGAGGAAUACAAUUCUGAAUCUUUGCUAGACAUCACGUCUUCUACGCGAACUAUAACCAGUGUGUGCUUAGCAAUGGUAUAUAAAAACGUGUAUAAGAACUGUGAUGAUGAGAAAACAUUUACCAAUGCCGUUGAUGAAUUUAUUGAAGAUAAAUUGCAUUCGCCUGACAUACAAUCUAAAGUGCGUGUAGUAGUUGCGAUAACAACCUUAUUAUUGAGCCCGUUAGAUGUUGGAAACACAUUUAUGGUUAAAGAAGGAAUUUUAGAGAUGAUCCUCGUUAUGGCGGGAAUGGAUGAUGUAUUGCAGCAGAGAGUGGCUCUCGAAUGUAUCGUAGCCGCUGUGACCAGAAAAGACAAGGUCGACGUGAUCAUAAAACAAGGUGUUAAUAUAUUAAAAAAACUGUGUCAAUCUCAAGAUGAUUCACUUCGGGUUCGAGCGUUAGUGGCUUUUUGCAAGAUGGGUAAUUCCGGAGACUCAGACGCGACUACCACACCGUUCGCGGAUGGAGUGACCAAGGAAUUGACCGAGGCUUGCAGACGAUUGUUGAUUAAUCUAAAGAAAGAAAAUAGAGAGUGGGCCGUAAAAGGUCUGUCGUAUCUGACUUUCAACACCGGAGUCAAACAGGAGUUGAUCGAGAAUCUAGAAGUCAUUGAAACGAUGAUCGAUAUCGCCGAUGAUCCAUCCACUCAUGAUCAAUCUCUCUUUGACAUGCUUACGACGUUGAUGAACUUGUGCAACGCUUAUGACGAGCAAGAAUUCGAGAUGAUAGAAUUGUCAAAGUUUGUCAAAUAUCAUUUUCCCGAGGAAUCUGAAUUGGACGACGACUUCGAAGAAGGAUUGAUCAACUUAUUAAUAGAUUACGAUGUGAUCACCUAUCUGUUGGAACUCGCUAAAACGGACGAUCAGAACUGCAAGGAAUUGAUAGCGCGCGUUUUCAACGCGAUAUGCAGUAAACAGAUAUUGGUAGAUGUAGUUGCUCCGGCUGUCGUGCCGGAAACAUUGUUGUCGUUGGCGCUGGAUGGCACAGUCAAGGGAAAAAAGCAGGCUUCGCUAGCCCUGGUCCAUUUGGCACUCACGAAGAGUAUUUUCCCUGAUGCUGAUAAUAUAGUUUCCGCUCAACUACUCAUGGAGUUUGUUCAACCGAUCGUAAAUCUUCUGAACCUGGAGUGUUCCGUUAAUGAGAAUUGCCAGACUCUAACAGCUUUGUGCAAUCUAGCUGAAGUCAACGACAGCAUCCGAGAACAUAUGUUCAAAGAAGGAGUAUUUCAGAAGAUUGAUGCCUUUGUGUACGAGGGGGACUAUCUUUUGAAAUUGGCGUCUGCAAAUCUUAUAAACAUUAUGAUAUUAAGCCGUGAAGUCGCUAUCCAGUGUUUCGAGCAGAAUAAUUCUCGAGUAGAUUAUCUUAUGUUAUUGUACAAGGACGAGAAUCAAGAUAUUAAUUUUGCAGCAGCUGCAGCUCUAGUGAAACUGACGGUGGCCAACAAAGAAGCUUGUAAGAAAGUUUUGGACUCGAAUUUCUGGUUAGAAUUCCUACGCUUUUUACUCACUAAUCCAAGCAGCAACAUACAACAAAUGGGUAUUAUACUUGUGCUAAGUAUGAUAAAAAGCAUGGAAGACUUUGCUGAAAAACUCAUUGAAACAGACAUAAUAGAACUACUGAGGUCAUUGAGGAAGAACGAUACCGUCCAAAACAAGAAUAUCAAGGAAUUGACAUCCAUUGCUUUAGAGGCUGUUGCGGAACGAUCUAUAAGUAAAGAAGCACUCAGCGUAAUAAGAUGGGAACGUGAUGCGGCAUGUCGAUUAGUACAAUCAGACCUUCUAAAUUAUUUGGAAAAAAAGUUAUGGGUAUAUGAACGUACUAAAAAUGUACCCUUAAACAUAUACUCAGAAUUCGGAAAAAUACUAACAGGACGAUGAUGUCUUUGUUGAAAGAAGAAAAUAUUUGAGAUCUGAAUAUCCUAUAUAUUUCUGAAUGUUCUAUGUUCUAUAUAUAUUCUUUAU